AUGCCACUCUCCUGCAGCCCUUCCUUCUGUGGAGCUGCUGGUAUUAGCCUCUCAGAUCAUCAGAGCCGCUCUUUGCCAGUGUCAGCUAUCUUGGUUUGCCCCUUAAAGCUGUUUUUCUGUCCCCUCACAGAGGCAGAAGAGCAGUUGCGGGAGGAGCUGGCUGAGCGAUGCCGGCGGGCCGAGGCCCGCCUCAGGGACCAGGAGCGCGGCAAUGAAGAUCUGCGCAAGGAACUGAGCCACAAGGGGGCGCUGGUGGAGGCGCUGCGGAGCAGCCUGAAGGAGAAAGAGCGCCGCUUCCUGGAGGAACUGAAGCGUCGCAGCCACAGGGUCACCGUGCUCAACACCGAGCUGCAGAAACAGUCCGAGUCGGCCGCCUACCUCUCCUUCCAGCUGCACGUCGCACGGCAGAAACUGCACAGGCAGCCCCCCCCCACCACCACCACCCUCCCCCCGCCAAACCUCAAACCCAAGAGACGCAGCCACAAGCAGUCAGCACACGCCCUGGCGGCUAGCGAGCGCCGUUCAGAGCGAGUCCGGGACUGCGUGCCCAGGGAGAAAGUAACCGGCCCGGAAGAGCCCUGCGCCAUGCCCGACCCCGCCCUGUUUCUCUACCCCCGUAGGCACCAGCACCGGCAGCACAGCCACAGCAGCCAGGCUGCAACGCCCCCCGCCGGGCACAGGAGAGCCAAGGCACAUCGCGAUGGAACCAGGGCAGGAGAGGGAGCAGAGGCAGGGGAGACAGUCUCUAGAGGCCAGGGGGAGGUGGAGGUAACAGCCAGUGAGAUGCUGCUCCCUGCAGGAGAAGAGGAAGAUGAAGCCGAGCAAUAGACUGUACCCCAUAACCCCCCCCCCCUUACUAGAUAAGUAACCACACUGUAGCCACCGUAGCCUAGGGGUGUGCAGACAGCUGAUCCUUAAAAGUGUUCCUGAGAUUUGAACAUGUGUUUUCUCUUUAUCACCAUGGAGCUGAAGUUUCUAAUAAUGCAUUUUCCUCACAGUCUGAAAGAUGCUAUAUAGAGCUGUCUUCUGCCCAGGUAGAUGGGUAGCUAUUGGCAUCCCCUAAUUUUUCCAUGCUGGGCAGAGUCUUGCUACUUUGAUAACACAGUCUAAUAGCUCCUUUGAAAGGUACACUCUGCAGAACGCAUUGGGGGCUCAAAAUCAUAACCAAAUAUACAGAAGCUAAUUGUAGUUUAGCUCUGCUGCCACCCAGGGCAUCAUUGUAAAGAACAGGUUACUGCACAGUGGAGAGCGCAGCACACAUAGUGGAGAACACAGGAAGGAGUGCUGUUGGCACCCCCUGCUGGCACGAAGAAGAACAGCAGGUUUUAAAAAAUAUUUAUAAUGUCUAUAUUGCAUCAUAGGUGAAUAGGUUGUUGAAAGAAUACAGCAUAUAAGCAUUAUAUUCAAAUAAGACCAAUAUACUGUAUUU